UUCGAUUUGCGUGGGGCACAUGCCGCAGGAGGUGACGCUGGCGCCGGAGCUUACGGUUGGGCAAACGCUAGCUCACUACGGACGCCUCUAUCAGCUGCCCGCCUAUCUGAUUGAGGAGAGGAUCGCCUGCCUCAGCGCCAUGCUGCACCUUCCGGGGCAGGGGGUGAAGGUGGGUCGAUGUAACCAGGGACAGAAGUGGAGGCUGAGUUUGGCGGUGGCACUGGUUCACAGUCCACCGCUACUGCUGUUGGACGAGCCGACGGUGAUGGUCGAUCCACUGAUCAGGUGGAGCGUCUGGAAUCGACUGGAGAGGCUCUGUGAGGAAGAAGGUCUGACCGUGCUCAUCACCACGCAGUACCCCGAGGAGAUUGGCUUCGCCUACAAGGCCGGUCUGCUCCGCGAUGGAACGAUAGUGGCCGAGGACCGCCCUGAGGAGCUGCGCACCCGCUACGGGGCGCCCACCUAUGACGCCCUCUACCAGCGGGUGUGCGAGACGAAGGAGCUGAUCAGGCAGUGCCGCCUGCCCUCCAUUGCCCCCUACCUCGAAGCGGAGAAGACCGAGGAGGAGAAAACUGAGGAGAUAAAAUUAGAAAGUUCUACUGAAAAUCAGCAGCCACAACCACCAGCGAACAACAUGUUCCCCAUACUGGACCGCCUGAAGCCGCCUGAUCUGCUCAGCUUCAGCUCAAAGCAAAACUGCCCCCAAUCCUCCUCCAUUUCCUCCUCCUUCAAUCCCUGGUGGUUCUGGAACCACUCUGCGCCCUUUGAGGUGACCGAGGUGAUCUACGGGAGUACGCGCUUUCGCUUUUUGGAGUUCCUCCUGCCCGGCUUCCUCUGCGCCAUCGUCUUCAGCUAUGCGCUGGUCCUCUCCGCCUACCUCUUCAUCCGCGAGGCGGUUGCCGGCCUUCAGGAGCGCUGUCUGGCCACCGGAACGUCGGGCAUCGAGCUGCUGGCCGCCCACUACAUCUCCCAGACGGCGCUCUACCUGGUGCAGCAGGCGCUCAUCCUCCUCAUCGUCUUUCGAUUAUUUGGCCUGCCCUCUCGAGGCCCCCUUUACGCUGCCUGGCUGCUGAUCUUCCUCCAGGGGCUGCAGGGCAUCUCCUUUGGCCUCUUUAUCGCCGUCAUCUGUCCGAAGCCGAUAGCGGCGGCGAUGAUCACCUCAG